GCCGCCAAACUCAAUUUUUGUCGCCGUUAUGGGCCACCACGAGCCAGUUGGGAGGCAGUUUGAGCCAGUGGACGCCACUAGGCACCUUUUUGCCACAGCAAAUUGCAUUGGCGGGAACUGGCACCGACUGGCGCCGGUCCAGUGGACUCUUAGCAUUACGUACAAGCUUUGCAGAAUAUUUUUUAGACCAUUGGAUACCAGUAAGAAUAAAAGCUCCAUGCUUCACUAUCUCACAAUCUCUGGCGACUGUGGGUUGCAAAACAACAACGUCCAUAUAUAGCAGAAAAUAAAAUGAUCACAAUCGGGAAUUUUCUUCCCCGAGAAUGUAUUUUGUCCUGUUUUGUUUUCACUUCCGAGUCCUCAAUGUUGUGGAAGUGGUUAAAUAACUUCCAUUCAGAUCAGCCAGAAUUAUCGAUGCAUACAAUUUUGUGCAUGCGAGUGUGUGGCUUAUUCCCAAGGACCGUUAUUCACAGUGUUUAUUUAAAUCAGCUGACCUUUUGCGCAGUGUGUGUGUUUCAGUUCCCAUUAAGCUGUUUGCCUUUACCGCAUGUGCAAAUAAUGCUUUUUCUUGGCCCACACUUGGUGCUUGCCUGACUCGCUAAAGGUCACAACAUCAUGAAAAUCACCACAAAUCCGCUCAAUAGCAAAAAAAAAAAAAAAAAAAAAAUGAACAACCUGUUACCGAGCCUGCCUGCUUGUCGUCACGCCAGCCACCAGCCUAUCCUUUACAGCGGAGGCGUGGCUUGCGCUCGCUUACAUGCCUCGCUCUCAGCUGUGUGUAUCCUGAAUGAAAGAGCAAGUGAAGCAUUUCCUUGCAUGUUGUACUCCGCUCACCACUCUGCCUGUGAAAGUGACGUGCAAACUGACUCGGGGCUCUGCACACUGCUUUCCACACCGGGAGUGCCUUUUUGGAGAGAGUUGGGGGCUGUUUUCUCACUGAAGAGGUCAGUCAAGCAGGGGGAUGAUGGAGAAAGCAGCGCAAGACAGGAGAAGGCAAUUUGAAAAUCAUCUGAAUCUUUCAUAAGGUGGCUCCUCAACAUCACGCUGCGUGGAUGGAGAGCUGGUCCUGGGAUGUGCUUUUAUCCGGAGCCAGCAGUGACACAGAAACAUAGCCAGAACUUAACAUUCAUCUACCCCUAGGGGGUGAAUGACAUUGAAUUCUUGUGUCCUCCAAGGAGUUAGAUGUGACCCUCUUGUGGGUAAACUCGUCUUGUGAGCCUCAGAUUAAAACGGCGACCAGCAGAAGGAGAGAGAGAGAGGGAGUGGGCACGACCGCUGGGUGCUAUAAUCCCUAAACCCGUUAAGAACAGCACAGAGGCAAAGCAACCCCAAACUACACAAAAGGUAUGUGUGUGCUGGCCUUUUCGGGGGUGUACGACAUAGCCUCAUUGUUUUCUCUGCAGCUCCAGCCUCACUGUGUCUGGACGUCCAAGAAGAAGACUAAACCACCUGCACAUGAAUAGCUGACUUUGGACAUUUAAAAAGGUCCGUCACACAGGACUUGAACCUAAUCUGCAGAGAUGUCCUCAAACGAACUGAGUGUCGAGAUGGACUCCUGCAUUCGGACAUUUAAGGAACAUAUGCAUCUCGAGCUGGAGCCCCCUAAGAUCCCGGGUGUGGUGGGAGGGAAACGGGGCGCCACAUCCCCUAAACUUUCCCCACGGAGCUCCCCGCGGCUCUUCCGUAAGCUGAUGGUCAACAAAAGCAUCAGACAGAGGCGCCGCUUCACUGUAGCACACACCUGUUUUGAUGUGGAGAAUGGCCCAUCUGCCAGCUGCAGUCCUCUGGACCCACAGGCAUCGCCCGGCUCUGGAUUGGUCCUCCACACCAACUUCCCUGGUCACAACCAGCGGCGAGAGUCCUUUUUGUAUCGCUCCGAUAGCGACUAUGACCUUUCACCCAAGUCCAUGUCACGGAACUCCUCCAUUGCCUCGGAACUACAUGGUGAUGACCUAAUCGUGACGCCUUUUGCUCAGGUCCUGGCCAGCCUUCGAAGUGUAAGGAAUAACUUCACCGUGCUGACCAAUGUCCAGUGUGCCUCCAACAAGAGGUCUCCUGCAGCCACAAACCAGCCUGCAGUCACCAAAGUGUGCCUCCCAGAUGAGGCGUACCAGAAGCUGGCCAUGGAGACCAUGGAGGAGUUGGACUGGUGUCUGGACCAGCUGGAGACAAUCCAGACUUAUCGCUCUGUCAGCGACAUGGCCUCCACCAAGUUUAAGAGAAUGUUAAAUCGGGAGUUGACGCACCUCUCCGAGAUGAGUCGGUCUGGGAACCAGGUGUCCGAAUUCAUCUCCAACACCUUCCUAGACAAACAGAAUGAGGUGGAGAUACCAUCACCGACACCCAAGACGCGGGAGAAGAAGAAACAGCAGAAGCAGCAACUGAUGACACAGAUCAGCGGGGUCAAAAAGGUCUCCCACGGAUCUUCGCUCUCCAGCAGCAGCAUCUCGCGUUUUGGGGUGAAAACCGAUAAGGAGGAGCUGCUGUCCAAGGAGCUGGAGGAUCUGAAUAAAUGGGGUCUGAAUAUCUUCACAGUUUCCGAAUACUCAAACAGCCGACCUCUCACCUGCAUCAUGUACGCCAUCUUUCAGGAGCGAGACCUGUUAAAAACAUUUAAGAUCCCAGUGGAUACAUUUGUGGCUUACAUGAUGACGCUGGAGGAUCACUACCAUUCAGAUGUGGCCUACCAUAACAGCCUGCAUGCAGCUGACGUAGCCCAGUCCACGCACAUCCUCCUCUCAACCCCAGCCCUUGAUGCUGUUUUCACCGACCUUGAAAUCCUCGCUGCCAUCUUUGCUGCAGCCAUCCACGAUGUUGACCAUCCUGGAGUAUCAAACCAAUUCCUCAUCAAUACCAACUCGGAGCUGGCGCUGAUGUACAACGACGAGUCUGUGCUGGAGAAUCAUCACUUGGCUGUCGGAUUUAAACUCCUGCAGGAGGACGGCUGCGAUAUCUUCCAGAACCUCACAAAAAAGCAGCGACAGUCCUUGCGGAAGAUGGUCAUUGACAUGGUUUUGGCCACUGACAUGUCCAAACACAUGAGUUUGUUGGCGGAUCUGAAGACAAUGGUGGAAACCAAGAAGGUGACAAGCUCAGGAGUGCUGCUGCUCGACAAUUACACAGAUAGAAUACAAGUGCUGCGGAACAUGGUUCACUGUGCUGACCUGAGUAACCCCACAAAGUCCCUGGAGCUGUAUCGUCAGUGGACCGAUCGGAUAAUGGAGGAGUUCUUCCACCAGGGAGACCGCGAGCGAGAGAGGGGGAUGGAGAUCAGCCCCAUGUGCGAUAAACACACAGCUUCCGUUGAAAAGAGCCAGGUGGGUUUCAUCGACUACAUCGUCCACCCUCUGUGGGAGACUUGGGCCGAUCUCGUUCAUCCUGAUGCACAGGACAUUCUGGACACCCUUGAGGACAACAGGAACUGGUACCAGAGUAUGAUUCCCCAGAGUCCCUCGCCACCUUUCUAUGACCAGGGAACCCACGGACAUGGGGGAGGCACCGGCGGGCAAGGAGGUGGGGAGAAGUUUCAAUUUGAGCUAACCCUGGAGGAGGAGGACUUGGAUGGAAUAGAGAAAGACGGUGACGUGGAGAAUGAGGAGGAGGAAGAAGAAGAAGAUGAUGAGGCGAUCGAUGAAGAAGAUAGCCUGGGAGAAUCCCGUUCUCCUCCUCUGGACUAUCAGGAUCACGAUGAGUGUGACAUGAUGGAGCCCACGAUGGCGAUAGAGAUCGUGACACACGAGGCGUCACCCACAGACACAUAAGGGCGGACACAUGCGUUGAUUUGAAAGAAGUUUGAAAAAAAAAAAAGAGGGGCGAUCCUCUUGCAGCUGUGCUUUUUAAACAAGGCCACAGAAGCAAAGGCUUAGUUUUGGCCCGCACAGGUGGGCGUCUUGCACUUGGGUGUUUGAAGCCAGACACGGAUGGACAGUUUCAGAGAAGUGGCUUCAGAGUUCUCAGGAAAUAAUGACUGCAAACAUUUGAGUCUUGAUGGACACACAUGGUGGAAAGUGAAGGAUUUAGGCCAGUCUUGGAAUUUUUUUUUCUGGACUGGCAGUAAAUGAACAUUGACACUACUGAGAGAAAUUUUAUAACUUAAGACUUUUUAUAGAUAUGAUAUAGAAAUAGCAGAUAUGAUCUACUGAUUGAGAGACACGUUUGUAUAGCAAGAGAAAGUGUUUACUUUUUUCCUGUACCAUUUGUCAAAGAAAUUUUGUGUGCCUUUUUUACUAAUGUCUUUAUAUAGGUUUUUUUUUUAUUUAUUGAACACUCUAAGUAUGUCUGUGAAAUGUUUUUUCUUAUCUGAGAGAGUAAAACCAUUUUUGUAUGUUUGAAAAAAAAAACAGUCUUCCAUGUAUUGGGCAAUAGAGAAACAACGUCGACAAACAAACUCCUCUUAGUAGGGAUAUAUAUAUAAAUGCGCACAUUUAAAUUCAUUUCAUAUUUUUCUUCAUCACAUGCAUGUUUUUCCAUGUAAAGUCAGUAAACCUCACAGGCUUCCUAACUUCACACCAAAACUGGAAUUUUUUUGUGUUGGAAAUUCAAAUGAUAUCAACCAUUGUCCUAGCACAACAUGAAAAUACAGCGGAACCUCACUUUUUGUCACUCAAACAGAAACCUUCAAAAAUAAUCAUGUCAAUCCAAUUAAUCCGUUCCAGACACACAAAUAUAUUAACAAAAAUCAUUUUCAUAGAGAAUAAUUACAGUUUCUGACCUUCAGAAAACAAUGCAAAUACAUGACUGAUGCGUACUUCACAUGCAUCCUGCCAGGAUCAAAUUCUAUAGUGUUUCUCACCUUCUUUAGCAAAUUGAUGGCACUUGCAACAUUAUUUGGCCCCAUGGCGGGUUAUUUGGCAGUCCAAACAAAAGCCACCGAUGCUGAGUCCGCAGCAUGUAAGGAUGUUGUUUUUGGGCACUCGACUACUUUGUUAUGUGCAAUAAUCUAAAACAGCUGAGAUAUUGUUUGAAAACUUUUCAAUGAAAAAUAAAUACCGGAAAAUCGGUUCCAGACCCAACCUGUGAAUUUCCGAGAAGUAGUAUUCUUUUUUAUAAAAGAAUAUAUAUUUUUGAGCAUAGAAAAUAUGUUUCCGACUUUAACAUCAUUAGAGCGCUCUCGACAUGAAAUAACACCCCUAUAGUCAAUUUUAUAUCUGUAUUACCCAAUAAUAAGAGUAAAUAAGAUAUUUAAUACCUAAUCAAUCAUAACAUAGACUCACACAUUAGCAGUUCUUUGUAGCAUUACUGACACCUAGUGACCAGUGUUUGAUACUACAAAUCACAUCUUUGAAUGCGUCUUCUGAAUGCCUUAUAUUUGUAUUUUUGUUAAUUUUGCUAUUUUUAUGCUGGACGAUGCUUACUUAAUUCAGGCCAAGAAUAUGUAACAUUUGCUUAAAUAUGCACUUUUUUUUUACUAAGAAUAGAUUAUAGUUAACCAUAAAAGAGCAAUAAUGUAUUAAAUUGUUCAUUUUUAAUAGAGUGAAAUUUGAAGCGUAAAGUGGCGAAGAACUUGGGGGGUACAAAAAAACGAGGUUCCACUGUAUUUUCAUAGAAAUUGUUAGAGUCAAAGAAGUUGGCAGUUCAAAUCUGAGAUAAAUAAACUAGUUUUUCCUUCCAUUGACUUUUGAUAGGACAAAUCAAAUCAAAGAUGGAGUCCGCCAAGGACGAACUCAAGCAAAUCGGUCAUGAUUUUAUUUUUAUUUGUAGCUGACAGGUUUGCUGCAGUCUUAAUAAUCCUGUUAGUUGGAACUAGUCCUGACCCCCAGACCCGUCUGAUGCAAUGCCCUCCCGCCCCUAUGCAGUCAGGCCCAGACUACAUGAUUUAAAGGUGCUCUUACAGUUGCCAGUGUAAAAGGCGCACCUCAGAGCCUCAUCAGUGCCACUGUUCACUUGGUUUACAAACCCCUUCAGGCUCCAUCAACACAACACAAAACAAUCAGGCCAGCUAUUUAUUUUUUUGCAAUGAAAAUCCCUCAAGUGCUGCUUCCACCCUUUGACGUCAUUUUUUCUCUCCUCCCCCCACCCUCACUGCAUCAGGUUUCCAGGGCAGUUUAUUAUGAAAUGACACAGAUAGACGUGAUAGAAAUACAUAAGGGAAAUGAGGUGCUGUAUUUUGAAAGAAAACUGGAAAACAUGGUAUAUUUUUAGAAAUAAGGGUUUAUAGAUCCGACAUUUCUGGCUCCUCUGGCUUCCAAAACCAAGUUUGUCGAGUUAAUAAUCACAUCUUUUUAUGCAUACAUGUUGUUUUACUGAUGUACUAAAAUGGUACUUUAAACUAUUUCAGUCCAAGAUAGUUAACCGGCAAUCAUUAGUGUGUGGUGUGAAUGUGCAGUACGAGAGUUUUUUUUGUACACGGUAUGUGUGUUUAGCGUGUUUAGAUGUGUUGACUUUGCCGUCGGGCCUUAUCCUUCUUCCCAUCACGCCUCACCUUUUGUCUAUAACUGUUUGUCGAUUGAAGCUCAAGUUGGUCUUUUUUGCUGUUUAUAACAGUGUGUAUUUAUUCUAUACUUUAGGCAUGUAAAUAAGAAAUACUGGUUCAGUGUAAAAUCUAUUUUAAUUUAUAUGCACUUGCAUUGCCUGGAGGUGGUGGUGUCUAAUCUGUAGAAAGCUCUGGAAUAGAGUCUUUUUAUAUACAUAGUAUAUAUGUAUUAUAUAUUGUUAUAUGAAUAUAUAAUAUAAACACAACACAAUUUAACAUUGUGUAUAUAUGUGCACAAUGUUUGGAGUGCCCAGCAGUGCAGGAGCUAAAGGAAUGUUGUCAAAUGAGAACCUUGUAACUCCGAAGUUCCUUUCAUUGUGAUGCUGCAUUCACAGAUUUAAUAACAAAAUUCAACAUUCAACCAAAAAAAAAAAAAAUACAGACUUUUAUGAAUUAUUUCUAAGUAGUAGCUUCCUCGUUUCAAUAACAUAAUUGAAGGUACAAGGUUGUCAUCUGGCAACAGUUUGGUGAGCCACAUGCGACACACAGGACAACAGGCUUAUUUUAUCUCUGCUUCUAUUUGAAUAUUUCAUAUUUGAACGGCAACGGCUAAUACACGAUAACACAAGCUGUCCUUUUAUACUUAUUGCACAUCAUGUAAAAGUAUUGGUGGCAUGCUACAAUACGCACGGCACUCAAUCCAUCCGAGUUAACAACAAAGUAUGGUCUUCUGUAACUGAUUGUGCUACUUUGUGAACUAUUCCUGACCAAAUUUAUCAGUUUUGAAAUACAAAUUUGUUCAAUAUUAGCACUGUUUAUCUAUGUUCAUGCUUUUUUUUUUUUUGGGUCCUAGUUGUGUCCAAAUGGUUAGCCUGCUUUAGCACUAUCUGCAUGAGAGAUGGUUUUUCGUUCUUGUCAAUAUUUACAUCAAUAGGUCCGCCCCUCGUUGCAGGCGGGUUAAUAAAUGUUUCACACAAUGUAUGGCAUUAUAUUGUAUAUUGUGUUCAAAAAUACAUCUGAAAUAAUUUUUCUAAGAAGUGAUUAAAAGCAUGAGUAUACUACA